AUGCAGUACAACUUCAAGAAGAUCACCACGGUGCCCACGGCGAAGGACUUCAUCGACGUCGUCCUGUCCCGCACGCAGCGCCAGACCCCCACGGUGGUCCACCGCGGCUACGCCAUCACCCGCAUCCGCCAGUUCUACAUGCGCAAGGUCAAGUACACCCAGACCUCGUGGAACGAGAAGCUCUCCAAGAUCCUCGAGGACUUCCCCCGCGUCGACGACAUCCAUCCCUUCUACAGCGACCUCCUCAACGUUCUGUACGACAAGGACCACUACAAGCUCGCGCUCGGGCAGCUCAACACCGCCAAAAACAUCAUCGACAAGAUCGCCAAGGACUACGUCAAGCUCCUCAAGUACGGCGACUCGCUCUACCGAUGCAAGCAGCUCAAGCGAGCGGCGCUGGGACGCAUGUGCACCAUCAUGAAGAAGCACGCCGCGUCGCUCGCGUACCUCGAGCAGGUCAGGCAGCACAUGUCCCGCCUCCCGUCCAUCGACCCGAACACGAGGACGAUCCUGGUGUGCGGCUAUCCCAACGUGGGUAAGUCGUCGUUCAUGAACAAGGUGACCCGAGCCGACGUGGAGGUUCAGCCGUACGCAUUCACCACAAAGUCAAUCUACGUUGGUCACACCGACUACAAGUACCUCCGGUGGCAGGUUCUGGACACUCCGGGUAUCCUGGACAGGCCCCUCGAGGAGAGGAACACGAUCGAGAUGCAGUCCAUCACCGCCAUGGCGCACUUGCGCGCGGUGGUUCUCUACAUCGUCGACGCGAGCGAGCAGUGCGGGUACACCAUCAAGCAGCAAGCCGACCUCUUCCACUCCAUCAAGCCGCUCUUCGCGAAUAAGCCGCUGGUCAUCGCCGUGAACAAGGUUGACGUGCGUAAGCUGGAGGAUCUCAAGCCGGAGGAUGCGGCGCUCAUCGCGGGGAUGCGCGCGGCGGUGCGCGGGCCCGCGGCGCUCACCCUGGGCGAGGAGGAGGAGCUCCCGUGCAUGAGCACCCUCUCCGAGGAGGGCGUGAUGGAGGUUAAGCGCGUGUGCUGCGACAAGCUGCUCGCCGCGCGCGUCGAGCAGAAGCUGGCGAGCCGACGCGCGGGCGAGGUGCUCAACCGCCUGCACGUCGCGCAGCCAAAGCCUAGGGACAACAUCUCCAGGCCCGCCGUCAUCCCCCACUCCGUCGCCAUAAACAAGGCGAAGAAGGCGAGCGGCGAGCUCAAGAUUGUCACGGAGAAGAUGCUGCAGGAGGAAAACGGCGGCGCCGGCGUGUACAACGCGGACCUUCGCAAGAACUACCUCCUCGACAACGACGACUGGAAGUACGACAUCAUGCCCGAGAUUUACAACGGCAAGAACGUCGCCGACUUCAUCGACCCGGAGAUCGACGAGAGACUCGCCGAGCUCGAGCGCGAGGAGGAGGAGCUCGAGGCAAAGUUCCAGGAGGACAAGGCGGCGGCGGAGAUGGAGAUGGAGCCUGACCUGGACGACGAGGAGAAGGAGCUGCUCGGGCAGGUUCGCGCCAGGCGGGCGAAGCUGGUGUCAGAGCACAGGCGGAAGAAGAGCGUGGCGAACAACGUCCCGACGAUGCGUCGCGAUCGCACGAGCGACCCGGAGAGGCGGCUCACCACCACCCGAAUGAAGGAGAGCCUGGGCGCGAUGGGCAUCGACACCACGCUCGCGGUCGCCAGGGCGCGGUCCGCGAGCGCCGUGCGGGAGGGACGCAAGCGCUCGCGCUCGCUCGCGGGCAACGGCGGCGACGAGGACGUGGACGCGAUGGACGCGGACGGAGAGGAGAAGCCGAGGGUGCACUCGAGCAAGAGCCGCAGCGUGUCGGUGGCGAGGAGGACGUCCAAGAGCAAGGGGGCGGGUCUCAGGGACGAGUCGGAGAAGAUGCGCGCGCAGAAGCUGGCGGACAAGGCGCAGCGGAAGAUGAACAAGCGGGCCAAGACGGGCGAGGCGGACCGCGUCAUCAUCACCAAGAUGCCCAAGCACCUCUUCUCGGGCAAGCGCGGCAACGGGAAGACGGAUCGGCGCUAA